AUGCACGGCAAAGAUAUUCGCGACGGUAUUUUAAUUACCGCUGUUGAAAUUUUAUCUUUCACGCUAGCGCGCAACUUCUUACUGCGAUCUUUAUCCCCCACCCUUAAAGACGCUUCACAGAGCAAAUCCAAUGACGACGACGACGAUGAGCAGCCAAACGCGCCGCUUCUGCCGACACUCAAAUCCACGCUUUCCAAACCGCUGAUUCCCUUCAUCAAGUCCAAGCUCAGCGCAGUUACCUCCCUCAAUCACGUCGCAUCUGGCUUGAUCUUAUCGCGCUGGGCUUUCUCAAUGGUGUUUGCACAAGCCAGCAAAAUCAUUUUCAUAGCCAUCCUCAACGCUCUCAACCUCCUCCACACUCCUGCUGUCGAUGUCGCCUUCAAAAUCUCCUUAGGACUCCUUCUCCUCUUCGUAAUCGCUCUGAUUCCCUACUUGCAGUGUUUCCUCUUUGUCAGGCUCCGUCAAGCUUCCACUGCUAUCCUAGAUUAUCAACCACCUAUAAUCCGCACUAUCAAAAUCAGUCUCAUCCCUUUCCUCGCCUACGUUCUCCUCUUCUCCACUAUCCCUCUCCCUCUAUCCACAACCAACAGCCUCUUUGGUAAGGCUAUCGUACGCAGUGUCGGUCUUGGUGUCAUCAUUCUCGCUGUUUUGUCCGGUUUCAGUGUUGUUUCUACCACCUUCAACUUUCUCCGAGCCGUCUCUAAGCGUAAUUGGCUGCCUGUUUCACACGAAGACAUUGAAAACUCGGAAAAAGCUCUUAUGCACGUCCAGUCUCAACUAAAUGACGUGCGUUCGAAAGUACAUAGUGCGCAAGUCGCAGCGAGUGCCAAGAUGGAACAAGAUGGCGCAGGUGCAGGUUCCAGUGCCUCCAUUAUACCCGCCUGGGUUACAUCAUGGACUCAAUCUUCCGCCGUCCCUGCUCCUCUACGCACCGAACUCAACGGCCUCACCAGCCUCGAGGAGCAGAUGAGGGCUGACCUCGCUGAACUAAAAUUCAAACAUCAAAGACAGGAGUUUUCACGCACUAUCAAGGGUAAAGUGUACAUGGUGCUUGGCUACACUUUCGCCGUGUACUGCAUCACGCGCGUCCUGGUCUCACUCUUCAAUCUCAUGUUCAGACACAGUCAUACAGAGAGCACCCCCGACUACCUCUCGAUCCUACUCGGUAAGGUUUUGUCGAGGUUGUUCGGUGUAAGGGAGUCAGAAGACGUCUAUUCCAAGCAGAUCUCUGUCGUUUCUGUAGGCGCCAUCAUCGUCUCUAACACUAAAGCUCUUUUAUUAGUGGUGAGGAAGAUAUUCAAGAAAGUCUCCGGUACGACGAACAUCGCCCAGAAUGAAGAUGAUAGUGGUAGUACUAAAAUAUUCUUGAUCUUCUUACUCGCUCAGCUGAUGGGUUCUUUCUUCCUCACUAUGCUCGUACAGCUCAAUAGCUCUCUCAGCAGCAAUACCAAUUUUAGCGUUCUCGCUGAUAUGCUGCCCGCUGUCGACCUCUUUGGUACCGCUUUCGACGCGCCUUUCGUUAUUAGCGUUGCACUCACCACUAUCGUCAAGAAGAUGUAG